AUGUGGUCUUCAAUUAUUGUUUUAUUAUUAUUGAUUAUUAAAUAUCAAAAUAUCGAAGCACUUUCUUGUUAUCAAUGUUCAAUGAAAUAUUCGAAUGAAGAAUGUAAUUCAAAUAAUUCAACAUAUGCAACUGAAUGUCAACCAACAUUUGAUACAUGUGUAACAAUUGUACUUAAACCAGCUAUUCUUAAUCAAUUAUUAAUAACAAAAUAUUGUACAAAACGUAAAGCAUGUGAACGUCAAUUAAAUUAUAUACAUUCAUUAACAUCAUGUCGACCAAAUGAUGAAAGUCGUAGUUGGGGUUGUGUUACAUGUUGUGGUGAUCGAGAUUUAUGUAAUUAUGAUGAUUCAAAUAUAUUAAAACCUAAUUUGACAAUAUUAUUAAUCUUAUUUAUAAAUUGUUUCUUUUAUGGUUAUUAA